AAAAAACCUGUAAGAAUGUACGUUUCGCGUUGCUUGACUGCACCCGGCGUUGGCCUACGCCUGCAAUGCCGCACAUUAUCCAAAAAGUCAAUCUGGGAUGCCAAGAAUUUGCUGCGCGACCGCUUGCUCGGCACUAAAGAGGCUGCACGGGUGCAGGGCCAGGUUGUGGCCCAGCAGCAAGAGGCAGUGAUGGGAGGGCCUGACGUCCAGCAGAAACUUCCCAAUGUUGGGUCGUAUGUGCGCCAGAUCUCCGCCGAUGGACGCAGCCUGCGCGACGUACUGACCGCCAAGGUGCCCGCUGAGCAGGAGCGCGUGAAGAACUUCCGCAAGCAGCAUGGCGCCACCAAGCUGGGUGAGACCACCAUCGAUAUGAUGUACGGUGGCAUGCGUGGCAUCAAGGCCCUGGUCACGGAAACCUCCGUGCUGGACGCCGAUGAGGGUAUCCGCUUCCGCGGCCUCUCCAUCCCCGAGUGCCAGAAGGUGCUGCCCGCCGCCCCCGGUGGCACUGAGCCCCUGCCCGAGGGUCUCUUUUGGCUGCUGUUGACCGGCGAGGUUCCCACCCAGUCCCAGGUGCAGCAGCUCUCCCGCGAGUGGGCCGAGCGCGCCGCCCUGCCCCAGCAUGUGGUCACAAUGCUGAACAACAUGCCCACCAGCCUGCAUCCGAUGUCGCAGCUGGCCGCCGCCGUAACGGCCCUCAACCACGAUAGCAAGUUCGCCAAGGCAUACUCUGAGGGUGUGCACAAGAGCAAGUACUGGGAAUACGUCUACGAGGACAGCAUGGAUCUCAUUGCCAAGCUGCCAGUGGUGGCCGCCACCAUCUACUGCAACACGUAUCGCGGCGGCAAGGGCUCCCGCUCGGUCGACUCUAGCCUCGAUUGGUCCGCCAACUUUGUGAAGAUGCUCGGCUACGACAAUGCACAGUUCACCGAGCUGAUGCGUCUCUAUCUGACCAUUCACAGCGAUCACGAGGGUGGCAAUGUCUCUGCCCAUACCGUGCAUUUGGUUGGCUCCGCAUUGAGCGAUCCCUACCUGUCGUUCGCCGCUGGCAUGAACGGUCUGGCUGGUCCCCUGCACGGCCUGGCCAACCAGGAGGUGCUCGUCUGGCUGCGCAAGCUCCAGAAGGAGGCUGGCAACAAUCCAUCGGAGGAGCAGCUGAAGGAUUACAUCUGGAAGACUCUCAAGUCCGGACAGGUUGUGCCCGGCUAUGGACAUGCCGUGCUCCGCAAGACCGAUCCCCGCUACACCUGCCAGCGCGAGUUCGCCCUGAAGCAUCUGCCCGAGGAUGAGCUGUUCCAGCUGGUGUCCAAGAUCUACAAGGUGGUGCCCCCAAUCCUGACCGAGACCGGCAAGGUGAAGAAUCCCUGGCCCAAUGUAGAUGCUCACUCCGGUGUCCUGCUGCAGUACUACGGCAUGAAGGAGAUGAACUACUACACCGUUCUGUUUGGCGUCUCGCGUGCCCUUGGCGUGCUCGCUUCCCUCGUCUGGGAUCGCGCCCUUGGACUGCCCAUCGAGCGCCCCAAGUCAUUCUCCACCGAUCUUCUGGUCAAGAUGGUCCAGAAGUAAGAUGGACGUCGACGAAGGUGGCGAUGGUGGGAGGGGGGGUGAAGUGGAGAGAUUGGAGGGAAGUUUAAGACGCAGGUGCGGUCGCAGAAGACGAAUUUCGUUGUUCGGGCAGUAGCCAAGUAAUACACGAGACGAGAGUGAGGGAAAAGAGAAAUGAAACGACGAUUGAAUGUGGAGUAGAAACAACAACCAAAUACGAACCAACAGCUAAACAACAACAAAACUGCUAAGAAAAACAAAAACAAAAACAACAGAGAAAGAGCAACCACAAAAAACAACAAUAAGCUGGAAAUAAGGCAGAAAACUUAUUUUUAAAUUAGUAAAAUAAUUAAAACACUCAACAAAAAUAAGAAACACUUAACUAAUUUUAUAAGUGAUCUAUAUAUAUAUACAUGCGUAUAUAUAGGCAGAUGUGUGUGCGUAUAUACAUAUAUAUAUAUCUAUAUAUAUAGACGGAGAGAAAAUUGUUUGCGCAUUAACCCAAAACCAGACACGCCCCCGCGCACACGCGCCCUCUUUCUUUACCCUUUCCUGGCCUUUUGUUUUUAGUUUUGUUACUUAACAAAUUAUGAUUGACGAUUAUGUGUGCUGCGCAAUUGUUGCGCAAUUUUCUCCCACACUCACCUAAAUCCUCCGCCCAGCACCAGCACCAGCACCUCCACCUCCAAUAACCCCAGCCCACCCAUCCGCCUGCCUGAAAACCAAACCACAAAAAAUUACUAACUUGAUAACAUGUUAUUUUUAAUUUAAAUAUAAUUUAUUAUGCAGAAAUACAAUACAAAAACAAGUGUAAAGCGGAAGACCCAAACAACAAAAAGGUCUACGACGAAAAAAACUCAAUAAAAAAACAGAACAAUAAAUAAUAUAGAGUAUA